CUCCCCGUGGGUUUGGGAGCCCUUACACCUCUGCGGAGGAGGAUUUCAUUUCCCUCGUGGGCCCUGCAGCUUUCCCGCAGACCCGUCUCCAUGAAUGCAGAAGUUGCCAAAAUCUGUUCAGUCUUUCUAGGUAUUGUCUGGUGUCAGCAACCCUGAGGAUCCCACGUGACAUGGAAAUCCCCUUGGCCAAUGAAAACAUACAGGGCAUUUGCCUGAGUUUGGUCAAAAUUCUUUGGAAAAAGGCUAAAGUGGGGAGGUGGUGGAGAGGAGAAAUUGCAGCCCCUCCUUGCCUGAGAUCACUGUUGAGCUCCUCCGAAGAGGCAGAGCAGCACCCUGUGAGGAAGAGCCCUCACACAGCCACUAUGCUCGGUGCAAGGAUGGUCCCGGUGCUCCUGAUGCUGCUGACCCUCUCCCCAUGCUGUGAUGCAGUCCCUUAUUCACAGCUCGAGUGCUGCUUCAGUUACAUAAAGCUCUCUCUCCGGCUGGCUAACCUCAAGAAUUUCUACACAACUCCCAAGGAGUGUUUUACCCCAGCGAUUGUGCUUGAGACCAGGAAUGGGACCACAGUCUGCGCAGACCCAAAGAUGCCUUGGGUGAAGAAAGCAGUUGAGAAGCUCCAGAAAAAGAAAGGACUUCGUGCCCUGGUUCAGGCUACCAAACAUCCUGGUGGAAAGAAAAGCUUAUAGUCAUCCUCCUGGAAAGGUCUGUAAAGAUCCCCAAUGCUGAGGGAUGGCCCUGGCUCCCCAGAGCCCUGCACCACAUUGACCAGCCAGGCACCAGCUCCCAGGCUGCUGCUGGCCCCGCCAGAACCUGCUCAUUGAGUACCUCCACAAAAUAAAGCUUUACUUCAUGUAG